CGCUGUUGAGCUCCGUCAGCCGAGUUUGCGGUGGCGAGGCAGUGACGAGGGCUGGCACCGAAGUUGUCGUGCGGGAUCCACAAACUCAACCCAGGCGUGGACUCUGCAGAAAAUAUUCAAAGCAGAGAAAUCUGCGCAGCUCCAGGUGCGUUGCGUCUUCACCACCACCACCAUCAUCACCCUGCGCUGCCUGGCCCCGUCUCCUGCUGCCACUCGGAGCUCCGGGCUCCCCCACGCGGCCGCCGUCUCAAGGAGAAGCCAAGCGGGCUCACUCACCCGACUCACUCACCCCCCCCCCCGGCUCGCUGCGGCUGCUGCUGCUGCUCCACUCGGCGGCUCCGGGCGAUGUCCCGGGAGCCCCGCGGAGAGGGGGAGGCGGCGCGGAGCAGCGACUGAGGCUCGGCCGAGCCACGCGGGGAUGGCGUCACAGGUGGUGUGCGGACUUGUGUUCAGGGUGCUGCUGCCAUUGUGCCUCAUAGCAGCAUGCCUCUUCCGCUACAACGGACUCUCCCUCGUCUACCUCGUCUUCCUCCUCCUCAUCCCGCUCUUCGCCGAGCCAACCAAGGAGACCGUGAGAGGCCACACCGGCCGUCUCGUCAAGGCCAUCUGCUGCAGCAGCUUCCUCUUCCUGUGCCUCCACCUGUGCUUCCAGGCGACCGUCACCGCCUUCUCUGCCCAGCGGCGCCUCGACCACACGUUCAACUGUACCUACUUGGAGACCUUAUCCAGACACGUUGGCUUUGUUAGGGUGCACGAGGCAGACUGGCCCAGCGCCCUGCGCCUCUUCGCGCCCGAGUUCGGGGUGUUCGCCGUCGGCUUCGUGGCCUGGUUCCUGUGCUGGAAGCUGACGUGUCAGCCGCACGCCCGGAGCCCCUGCGCGCAGUCGCCGGGCGCCGGCAGUGACGAGUUGGACGAGGAGGCCGAGGCUGCGGAUCUGGACGAGGACGACGCGGAGGGAGGAGACGAGGCGGACGAUGAGUACGAGGAGGAGGGCAGCGUGGCGGAGGGGGGGGCGGCCUCCGAUGCGGAGGGCCCCGACGGCCUGGCGGAGGAGCCCGGCCGGCGGGAGAUCUUCCUCGCCCGGGUGGCCGCCUUCGCCUCGCGCCUCAAGGAGCUCAUCGGCAAAAUCAUCACCACGGCCGGCAAAGUGGUGGCCACGGUGAUGCUCGGCCUCGCAGGCGUGAUCGUGCCGUCGCUCACAUCGCUCGCCUACUUCGUGCUCUUCAUGGCGCUCUGCUCCUGGUGGGCGUGCGGCCGCUCCAUGCCGGAGCUCGCCUUCGGCUGCGUGUGCGUCGCCACGGCGCUCUUCAGCGCCGGCCACCUCCUCGGCCUCUACAUCUACCAGAUGCCAGCGCUGCAAGAGCUGGUGCCACCCGGCGACCUGAACGCACGGCUGUUUGGCGUGACGGCCGUGAUCCGCACGGACUGCUCGGCGCCGUGGCAGCUGGCGGUGCACGGCGACGUGGCGUGGCCCAGCCUCCUCAACCCGGGCCUCCUGCUGCUGCUCUACUUCACCGUGGCCACGCUCGUGCGCAUGUGGCUCUACGAGCCGCUGCGCUCGCAGCAGGAGCGGGAUCUGCUGCUCGAGGUGCUGCCGCCCACGAGGGAGGGCUCCGCCGAAGCGCAGCAGCAGCCGACGACGCGGCACAAGUGGUUCAGUGGCCCCCAGCACUCGCUGUCCUCCGUCGACGAAAGCAGGCCCUUGAGACUGGCUCCAGAAGAGCUGGGAGUGUCCAACCCCGUGCUCUACACGGCCAACGGGAGCCCCGGGCGCCCCGUGCAGCACGACGGGGCCGCGCGGCGCCCCUCCCCUCUCGUCGACCUCCGCGACCUCCGCGACCUUGACAACCGCGACCUGCUGAUCGACCCUGGCGACCCCCUCUCCCCGGGCUACGUGGAGAUCCCCAUCGAGUCGCCCUCCUCGUGGAGACCUUCGGCUCAGUCCGGUUUAUCAGGCCAGGGGUCAAAGUGCAGCUUGGAGGGUGAAGCGGAGGCCGGGGGUCAGGGGUCGGACCCGGCGGGACACUUUGGGACGGUUGGCCGGUUUCUGAUGCAGCAGAGCUACGUGACGGCACUCAUCGCGAUGAUGGCGUGGAGCAUCACCUACCACAGUUGGCUGACCUUCGUGCUGCUGCUGUGGUCGUGCCUCAUCUGGAUGAUGCGGAACCGGCGCCACUACACCAUGCUGAGCGCUCCCUUCCUCGUGGCCUACGGCAACGUGCUCUGCCUGCUCGCCUACGUGUGGAGCCUGCGCCUCAACGAGCACGAGCUGCCGCUGAAGGUCGGGGUGGUGGAGUUCGCGCCAAUUGGCCUGGUGCGCGAGGACAUCCCCUGCGUGUCUCUCGGCAGCAAGCUGCUGUACAACGCCACCUUCUGGCUCCUGCUGCGACAGCGCCUGAAGGAGCGCCUGGAGGCGCAGCCCGAGAAGGAGCAGCCCCCACCCCCACCCGGGGAGGGCGAGGGCGAGGCGGGCAGCAACCUGAUGCACGUGCUGGGGGCCCUGGUGCGCGGCCUCUUCGUCAAGUACUGGAUCUACGUGUGCGGGGGGAUGUUCUUCUUCGUGGGCCUCCAGGGCCGCCUCGUCACCUACAAGAUCAUCUACAUGGCGCUGUGCCUCGGCUGCGUGGCGCUCUACCAGGUGCAUUAUAACUGGUGGCGCCGGUUGCUCAAGUACUUCUGGAUGGUGGUGGUGUCCUACACGAUGCUGGUCACCAUCUUCAUCUACACCUACCAGUUCGAGUCCUUCCCCGGCCUGUGGAGGAACAUGACGCGGCUCUCGGACUCGCAGCUGCGUGAUCUGGGUCUGCAACAGUUCAGCGUGUCGGAGCUCUUCACCCAGGUGCUCAUCCCCACCGCCUUCCUGCUCUGCUGCAUCCUGCAGCUGCACUACUUCCACGACAGCUUCCUGGCGCUCACCGACCUGGACAGCGCCGCCCGCGCUAACCAGGGCGUUGCCUACAGCUACUCGAAAGUCAGUGGGAGAGUCUAUGUGUUAGUCAAUAGCAUCAAGGAAAAUCUAGGCAAAAGGCGUCCCCAGCUUGCCACGGACGAGGGGAGCCUCCCGGACGUGGGCAUGCAGAGAAAUGGAGCGGUAGGGGAGCAGCCGGGAGGCGGGGAAGAGGCUGCGGUGGACGAGAAGGAAUCAGCGGAGUACUCCACGGAGGACCGGGAUUCCCCGCCACCCGACGGAGAGAAAGAAGAGGAUGAGGAUGAGGACGAUGAAAUGGAGACGGAGGAGGAGGAAGAGGAGGAAGAGGAGGAGCGGAACAAGUGGAUGCUGGUGCUCGACCGGCUGACGGUGCUCUUCCUCAAGUCGGUGGACAUUCUGCGCAAGGUGCAGACCCUGGCCUGGCGCAUCCUGGAGCUGCACAUCAUCAAGGUCGUCUCCUUCUACAUCAUCUGGAUCUCCCUCAAGGACGUGUCCCUGAUGAACUCACUCUUCCUGGGGCUCUGGGUGUUCGCGCUGCCAUGCGUGCGCUUCCGGCCGCUCGCCGCGUCCAUCAGCACCGUGUGGGCGUGCGUGCUCAUCAUCUGCAAGAUGAUCUACCAGCUGGACACCAUCGACCCCAUCCACUACUCCAGCAACUGCUCGGUGCCGCUGCUGAAUGAGACGUCGUUGGAGACGGAGGAGCUGCUGCGAGGCUCCACACUGUACGCUGGGCCCGUUGAUCCCCUGCCUUGGGUCGGGAUUCGUAAAUCACGGCCGGUGUUCUCCUACAUCCGGCACCACGUGGUGGCGCUGGCGCUGCUGGUGGUGGAGAUCACGGUGAUGAGGCGGCAGCUCUACCACCGGCUGCACUUCGGCCUCACGCCGCCGCUCAUGAGCACCGUCUUCGAAAACGUGUCGCGGCGCAACCUGGACGAGGGCAUCGUGGGUUGCAUCAAGUACUUCAUCAACUACGGCUUCUACAAGUUUGGCCUCGAGAUCUGCUUGCUGACGGCGGUGAACACGGUGGGCCAGCGCAUGGACCUGUACGCGUGCCUCCACGGGGCCUGCAUGCUGGCGCUCAUGGCCCGCCGGCGCCGCAAGGCCAUCGCGCAGGCCUGGCCGCGAUACUGCCUCUUCCUGGCGUCGCUCAUGCUCUUCCAGUACCUGCUGUGCAUCGGCAUCCCCCCGGCUCUCUGCAAGGAGUACCCAUGGAGGUUCGCCGGAGCCACUUUCAACUCCAACCUCAUCAAGUGGCUCUUCUUUCCCGACUUCGCAAUGAGACCCAACCCCAUCCUCAUCAUCUACGACUGCAUGCUGCUGCUGGUGGCGUCGCUGCAGCUGUGCGUGUUCGAGGAGGAGAACCGUGCGGCCGUGCGCCUGCAGGCCGGGGACAACGUGGAGGUUUGCUGGAGCCUCAACGCCGUCGACUUCAGCUCCGACAACCCCGUGCCCGACUUCAUCCACUGCAAGUCCUACCUGGACAUGAUCAAGGUGAUCCUCUUCAGCUACCUCUUCUGGUUCGUCCUCAUCGUGAUUUUCUUCGCGGGCACCAUGCGCAUCAGCUUCUUCUGCAUGGGCUACCUCGUGGGCUGCUUCUACUUCCUGCUGUUCGGCGGGCAGCUGCUGCUGCAGCCGCUGCGCCGGACGCUGUUGCUGUGGGACUACAUGAUCGCCUACAACGUGACCGUCAUCAUUGUGAAGAACGUGCUCUCCAUUGCCGCGUGUGCCUACCUGCGCUCGCUCGGGGAGAACUGCUGCUGGCUCGUACAGGCCUUCAGCCUGGUGUGCACCAUCAAGGGCUACAACCAGGACUUCCCGGACCCCAAGCUGUGCGAGCUGCCCCGCGCCGAGGCCGGCAUCAUCUGGGACGCCAUCUGCUUCUUCUUCCUGCUGCUGCAGCGCAGGGUCUUCCUCAGCUACUACUACCUGCACGUGGUGGCCGACCUGCAGGCCUCCACGCUGCUCGCCUCGCGCGGUGCCGAGCUGAUCCACGCGGAGAUGGUGAAGUCCGUGAAGGCGCGCAUGGAGGAGGAGAAGAAGUCCAUGGACCAGCUGAAGCGGCAGAUGGAGCGGAUCAUUGCGCGGCAGCAGAAGUUCAAGAAGGGAAAGGAGUCAGCACCGGUCGAGGGUGAACAGGAGCUCACCACACACUUCCAAGCCCCGGAGGGCGCUGGGAAGGAGAUUGGGGAGAAGGAACCCGGUGGCAAGAAGAAGAGGAAGCAGUGGUGGCGCCCAUGGGUCGACCACGCCUCCAUGGUCCGCUCUGGCGAUUAUUACCUCUUCGAGACGGACAGUGAAGAGGAGGAGGAGGACGAGGAGCGAGACGGCGCCGCCACACAGAAGAAGAGCGCCUUCCAGUUUGCGUACCACGCGUGGGUCACGGACUCGCGCUCGGCACUCAAGGAGCGGCAGCGCGAGAAGAAGCAGAUCCGUCGGGAGCAGAGAGACAAGCAGCGCAGCAAGCAGCGUGACGGAGCAACCGACGUGAGGGUGGACAUCCCCGAAGAGGACGAUGGGACAUCACCUGCUGACGAGACCCAGGGGGAGGAGGAGGAGGGCCCGGACGGCGUGGUGCGGCGGGCACUCUACAUCGUCAAGUUCACCUACGUGCUGUCCCUCGCCUUCCUCGACUCCUUCGUCGAGUGGCUGAACGCGGUGUCGCGCGAGUACGCCAACAUCUCCACCGUGCUGCGCAUCGAGCGCUGCAUGCUGUCGCGCGAGGUCAAGAAGGGAAACGUUCCCUCCAAGGAGAGCAUCAUGAGCUACUACCACACCAAGAUGAACCACUCGGAGGACGAGGCGUCGGUGGACGAGAGCGGCCCAAGCUCGGGACGAGGGCCCCGUCGGGGCGAGGGGAGCCAGGCCCGCGAGAGGGGAGCAAGGCCCGCGCGACUCCGUGGAGCCGCCUCCAGCCAGGACUCGGUGCUCAUGUCGGACAGCAGCCCCUGCAGCUGCGUGACGGAGGCCACGACGCUGUGGUCGCAGCAGAAUACGCUCGACUCGGCCGGAGAGGACAUGACUCCUGGCACCGCCGCCACCGUCGCGGCCGCACCGGCCACGCCGAUCACGCCGAUCACGCCGAUCACGCCGAUCACGCCGGGCACGCCGGGCACGCCGAUCACGCCGGGCACGCCUGGCGAGCGGUUUCGCCCGCGCCUACGCCGCUCCAUCCACGUGGACGACUCGCAGUCGUCCUCACUCGACAGCUCCAGCCAGAUGCAGAGCGAGGCCACGCAGGUGACGACGCUGGCGUCGCGCCAGGGAACCGCCGACACCAUCGAGGAGGCGUCCGACGAGGAGGACGCGGCGGCGCGCGGCGGCGCGCGGGGACGGCGCGAUCCCGGCCGCGGCCGCCGCCGCGACGGAGACGACGAGGAGGACGACGGGGAGGAGGAGGAGGGGCGGCGGCUCCGUCGUCGGGGGGCGGCGGGAGCCACCGGGACGUCCGACUACAGCUGCGCGACCGGCGAGGGAGCGACGAGCGACGACGUGGAGUUCGAGGCGGAGGACGAGAGCCCCGCCGAGUUCCCACGCGGCAUCGACGAGGCGCCGCCCACCUACAGCAAGGCCGCCAGCCUGGACUCGCUGCCGGAGGCCGGGGUCGUCGUCCUGCGGAAGUCGCCGGCGCCGAAGGAGGCGGCGGCAGUGGACUUGGGCGACCGCCCCAAGAGCCUGCUGUCGGUGCAGAGCGGGGACGCGCCCGCACUGGCGCUGUCCCACCAGCACACGGCCAGCGAGCUGCUGCUCAACAGGCUCUUUGAGGACGACGACCUCGACAACUCGGACCGCUUCUACGCGGAGCAGACGCGGCUGCUCAAGCUCUUCUUCGCGCUCUACAACACCGUGGUGGCGCGCUCUGAGAUGAUGUGCUACUUCAUCAUCAUCCUCAACCACAUGAUCUCGGCCUCCAGCAUCACGCUGGUGCUGCCCAUCCUCAUCUUCCUGUGGGCCAUGCUGUCCGUGCCGCGGCCCAGCAAGCGUUUCUGGAUGACGGCUAUUGUGUACACCGAGGUGACGGUCGUCAUCAAAUACUUCUUCCAAUUCGGCUUCUUCCCCUGGAACACGAUGGUGAGGCUUGCCCUGAGCCUGGACAAGCCCUUUGACCCGGCGACCAUCAUCGGCGUGGAGAAGAAGGAGGGAUACGUUUACUACGACCUCGUGCAGCUGCUCGUGCUCUUCUUCCACCGCUCCAUCCUCAAGUGCUACGGCCUUUGGGACGACGCCGAGGAGGAGCGAGCGACCCCGGGCGACGAGGCGAGCGCCGGCGGCGGGGACGGCUCCCCGGCGGCGCCCGGCAGCCGCAAGCCGUCGUGUCAAGAGGCGGCGCGCCCGCUCGGCGAGCGGCCCCGCAGGGCCAGCGCGGAGCCCGCCCCCUCCGUCUCCGUCGCGGGGCCGCCCCCUCCGGGCCCGCCGGCCGUCGCGGGGCCGCCCGCCGUUCCGUCCGGCCCUCUGCUGGCCGUGCCGAGCGGCCCGGGGCCGGGCGGCGCCGGCUGCCACUCGGACGGCCCCCGGCGCAAGAGUUCGGGGAUCUCUCAGCUGUCGGGCCACAGCUCGCGGCCAGGGAGCAGCCGGAAGGGCAGCAGCCGGAAGGGCAGCAGAAUGCCGACCCCGCCGGCCCCGCGCACCCGGAAGGAGCUGCUGAUGAUGAAGGCGCAGGAGCUGGCGAUGCGGUGUCGCAACUUCGUCAUUGCCCGGGUGCUGCAGGUGUACCGCCCCAUCCGCCAGUUCUUCUACGACCUCAUCCACCCGGACUUCAGCCCCGUGACGGAUGUCUACGCCCUCAUGUUCAUGGCCGACGUCGUCGACUUCAUCAUCAUCGUCUUCGGAUACUGGGCGUUCGGGAAACACUCGGCGGCUGCGGACAUCGCGUCCUCGCUGUCCGAGGACCAAGUGCCCCAGGCCUUCCUCGUCAUGCUGCUGCUGCAGUUCAGCACCAUGGUGGUGGACCGCGCGCUCUACCUGCGCAAGACCGUGCUCGGCAAGGUCAUCUUCCAGGUCGUGCUCGUGUUCGGCAUCCACUUCUGGAUGUUCUACAUCCUGCCCGGUGUCACCGAAAGGAAGUUCAACCUGAACACAGUGGCCCAGCUGUGGUACUUUGUGAAGUGCGUGUACUUCGGGCUGUCCGCCUACCAGAUCCGCUGCGGCUACCCGACCCGCAUCCUGGGCAACUUCCUCACCAAGAAAUACAACUACAUGAACCUCUUUCUGUUCCAGGGGUUCCGUCUGGUACCCUUCCUGAUCGAGCUGCGCGCUAUCAUGGACUGGGUGUGGACGGACACCACGCUCAGCCUCUCCAGCUGGAUCUGCAUCGAGGACAUCUAUGCCAACACCUUCAUUCUCAAGUGCUGGCGCGAGUCCGAGAAGAGGUACCCCCAGCCGCGCGGGCAAAAGAAGAAGAAGAUGGUGAAGUACGGCAUGGGCGGCAUGAUGGUCUUCCUGCUCAUCUGCAUCGUGUGGUUCCCGCUGCUCUUCAUGUCGCUCGUCAAGUCGGUGGCCGGGGUCGUGAACCCGCCCAUCGACGUCUCCGUGUCGCUCUCUCUCGGCGGAUACGAGCCGCUGUACAUGAUGAGUGCCCAGCAGCAGUCCCUGGUUCGCUUCUCCGAGACGGAAUACAAGAAACUCACCAACACAUUCGGAAACCAAGCGUCGGCGAUGCAGUUCAUCACCGUCUACUCGGCAGAGGACAUCACGACGGCGCGACUGGCCGGGAACUCGACGGCCGUGUGGGGGAUCAGCCCCCCCAGCCGCAACAAACUCAUCCAGGAACUGCUUAGCAACGCGUCCGGCAUCACCUUGCGCUUCUACUGGAAAAUACAGCGUGACCCGAAGAUGGGGGGGAAGUCGGAGGUGUCGCGCGAGAAGCACACCAUUGAGAUGAACGCCACUCACCCGGCACGCGCACAGAUCGCUGCCAUGCUGCAGGACAGCAACACGCACAGCGCUGUGCUGAUCAAGAACCUUUUCCCUCCGUACCUGAAAGCGCCCGGUGGCCCGGACUCAACACCCGUGCGACAGAUGCUGCCAGAGGGCGAGCGCAGCUACUCCGACGUGGAGCUGGUGCUGAGGCAGGGCGGCCCGGCGGGCGGCAGCCACGCCGAGUGGUGGAGCCUGCGGCAGCUGCGCAGCGACUGCCCCGGCAGGCGCUGCGACGACAUCCGCAUCAUCGUGUUCAGCGACCGCGUCAGCCCUCCCAGCCUGGGCUUCCUGGCGGGCUACGGCAUCGUGGGCCUGUACGCCUCCGUGGUGCUGGUCGUGGGCAAGUUCGUGCGCGAGUUCUUCAGCGGCAUCUCGCACUCCAUCAUGUUCGAGGAGCUGCCCAACGUGGACCGCGCACUCAAGCUGUGCACCGACAUCUUCCUGGUGCGCGAGACGGGCGAGCUGCAGCUGGAGGAGGACCUCUACGCCAAGCUCAUCUUCCUUUACCGCUCGCCCGAGACCAUGAUCAAGUGGACCCGCGAGAAGGAGGACUGAGCCGGGCGGCCGACCGUCUCUCAACGGUCGUUUCUCUUGAGCAGCGCUCCCCCCCUUGGAGUCCGUGUCACGCGAUGUGCCUGCCGAGCUGCUGUGGGGGAGACCGAUGUCACCGUUUCUCUUAUCUCGUGCCCACCUCUCGGUUCGGUGGUGCCUCCUCAAGUCUUCGAGUCCAGUCUCUGCUCUCACACCGCGAGGCGCAAGCCCGGGCCCCGUUUUCCACGAUGUGGCUUCUAGCUUGUGGCUCUGUGCUCCACAUUGAUGGUGAAUUAAUUAAUUGAUUAAAAGUCUGGAUCCUAUUCGAGUAACGAGUCCCUUUGCCUGGGCUUCCCUUUAACCCCAUGCGUCUCCCCGGUGGAGGUCGGUUUCCGGCACCGUGACGGCCAACCCCGGCUCUCGCUUCCGUGGACUUGUAGCCUGGCAAACGGUUUUCAUGGCCCAUCGUCUCUUCUCAACAACGCGUGCAGGAUGCGGGCUCCCGUUUCAACAAAGCCUCGGGCCUGGGAGUCCUUAAGAAAAAAUGUCCACUGGUUUGCAUCUUGCACGUGAGAUAUUGCAACAAAGCUUCUUCAAGUCUGGGCUUUCCAUUCAUUAAUGAAUUACAGAAAGCGUGCGUCUUGCAGUUCAGAUAAUAUUCCAUCGAGAGUCAUCUUGAAGGGCUCCCAAGGCAUUCCCAGCUCGACCUGGAAUCUUCCAAGAUGCUGCUGGCUUUGGAUUCCACGGGCGAUGAGCUCCGGCUGGAGGGGAUGAUCGAGUGUUUUUUUGCUGCCGAGGCAGGGAGAUGGGGCGCAGUGCUACCCCUGGGACACAGUGGAACCCCUCCCCCGUCUUCACGACGGCACUGGGACGAUCGUCUGAUCCCCGUUGGCACUGUGGUGCCCGUCACUAAUGGGCAUCGCCGCCGCCACCAGCCUUCUCGGCGAGGGCGGAGUGCACUUUGUAUUUAAUUAUUUGUUCACUUAAACUUUUAACCAAUCGCGGUCGGCAUGCACUGAAGUGAGUAAUUAUUGUGCGCAUACUGUAGUGCGUACUGUGGUUGUAGACUUCCGUGUCGUGUCUCACACACUGGUGAUACUCAAACUAGACAUCUCCUCCUUGCCCAGGCCCAGAUGAGAUGCCGUCUUGCAGUAUGUCUCAUUUCCUUGCCGAACAAAUAUGUAUUUAAACUUUUACUAAAGACAUAGGAAAGGACAGACGUUUUCUGCAUAGGUUUGGAUGAAAAAGAUAAUAAUGAAGCUACUGAUACCAUUUACAGUGUAAUAAUUUCGGUCUCGCUCAUUAGUUGACUGUAAAGCAAUGGUCCAGUCUGCGUGUUUAGAUUUGGACAAAGCAGAAUAGACCUGAACACUGUAAUUGACAUUUUGUGAGAUUCUAUUUUUUUCUUGUAGUGUGGAGAUUUUGAUUUCUCUUUUACUGAAUCUAAUUACCAUUGCAUGGCAGCGCUGUAAUUGUGCGGAGCCCUUCGGAGCCUGAGGACGAGCGGCACUAUGAAGAUGCUAAAGAUGAUUUAUUCCCAAUUAAAUCGAUUGAUCGAUUGCUAUGUAAUGACCUAUAGCCUAGUCGAUUACGAAUCGAGCUCAUCCACCAAGCUAGGCGGUGUGUGUGUGUUACAUUUGCCGGUGGCCCUGACAUCCUGUGGCAUCAUGGCACCACACCGGGUGGAACGCCUCCGCCGCCUGCGCCGCGUGCGAUCCCAGCCAGCACGGGGACCUCCACGGCACGGGUGGUUUUCCACCGGCUGAUUUCCGUGCCAGGUCCGGACCGGACUCGUUAGGCGCCGGCCUUUCCUCUCGCGGCUCGGCCGCAGCGUGGCUGAGGCGGAGGAGGUUGUAGACGCCGCUGGUCAACACGGUUCGGUUCGCGCGUUGCCGGUCGUUCACGCCGCCGCUUCGGCGGGAAAGCGCUCGGGGGGCGUCGUUUGAAUUCGAGAGUUGUUGUUUGUGUGUGGCGGCACGCACGCGCCGCAGUGCCACGACCUCGCCGAUCGAUGUGGGUGCUGCUGCUAGGGGUGAGCAUGUUGAGACCCGGCUGUAUACCUCAUCGGGGUCGCGGUGUUCCUCGUGUGGGCGCGUCCGACUUGUGGCGAUGGCCUCCGUGAUGCGGCAUGGUCACGUGGGAUUUUCAUUUUUUUAUCAUGGAAACAAACUGCUUCUGUGUUAAAUUUCACUUCCCAUUAUGUUUCCAUAAACGCGAAAUAUACCCGCGACAAUAUUGGCUUAAAAAAGUGCGCGCAGAAAUUCGAUUUAGACAAUAGCGAAAUAACAGUUACAAACGAACGUUUUGUGUUAUGUGUGUAAAAUGGGUUUUGGAAUGCAAGCGUUGUCGCGUUGACUUGCACACACCAGCAGAAUGGUUCCCAUCCCCAACACGGCUCUCUGUGCUUGGGCACAGACUGCCAAGCACGUCCUGAGAUUGAUUCAUGUUCCUGGGUUAGCGUCAACGUUGCCCUCUGGCGUUACAUUGGAAUCGUAUUCUGUACAUGCCAAGUCCGAUUUUGGUUCGAUGUUGGAUAUAAUCAGUGAGCCAGUGUUGAUGGCCCAAAGCUCAUCGAUAAGACGUCGCACUGAAUAAAUGUACAUGUUUUACCACGGUCUGAAUGAUCAAGUGCCAGUGUUGGGGUAUGUGACAGAAUGAUAUUAAAUUAGGCACGGUUGUGUGGUAAUGACUAAAUAUUGGCUGUAGCUAACACAAGCACGUCUUGUUUUAUGGAAACAUAACUUUGGCGUCUUCAAGUCUUUUUUGUGCACCUCAAAACGUCCCUCUCGACUUUGUGCCCCGUGGCCACGUGGCCCCGUGGCCACGUGGCCUUGUUUCGCGAUGUGCGCACGUCCCCUUCACCCUGCGCCGUGUCCCACUCGCUGCGCCUGUAACACUGCGGCGUGGCGAGGUCUGUCUUGUUGACAUUUCCGAAGGAGAAGGCUCCACCCAAUUCCUUUCUCCCUAAGUCAACAACAGUCCUUGGCCAAAGUUCGCCACCAGACAACCCCGCUGUGUUGUGCCGCGGUCUAUCCCUGCCGUCCGUGCUGCUUACCCAGGAGCUGUGGAGGGCGCGGGCAGCGCCUGGCUCCCCUUCACGUCGGGCGGUGCAUGCAGCUCGCGCUCGCCCCGCGGCGUGUCCCGAGAGGUGCCCGUCUCUCCACGUCUCUUUAACUCCAUCCCUGACUCUCCGCUCACUGUAGCCUCACGUUAGACAUAACCCUCGUUCACAUCGCCUGACAUGGCCACUGUAGUAUAUGCUUGAGACGCGCGCGCGCACGGGGCGUGCCAUGGCACAGGGUGGCGAUCUGUGCCCACAGGCUUCACCUCCCUGGCACUCGCCGCGUGUCUCGCGCGCACACAAGAGCACAACUAUAUUUGUAUCAACGACGCAUCGGCAAGCUGCCCGUCUUGCACUAUUAUAGAGUGUGAGAGGGGGGCGCGUGUCCAGCACGCUCCGUAAACAGUUACCGGCAAGGCGCACGCACGCACACGCACGCACACACACGCACGCACGCACACACACGCACACACACGCACGCACGCACGCACACGCACGCACGCACACACACGCACGCACACACACGCACGCACACACACGCGGGUAAUGACGGGGUGAGGGAGGGUUCGUUGGCGUGAGCGAGCGGGUCAGUGGACACGGACGGCCUGCGCUGAGUCACUCACUGGCCGGGCCCGUCCGCUCAGACUUGCGGCCACGUGGGGCCACUGGGCUGCGAGUGGCCCACGAGUGACCCAGUCGCGGUGCCCCACGCAGGCAGUCCACGGCGAUGUUUGGUUGCGCCGUGGAUAGCCAAUAGCAGUGCGCUGACUGACUGACUGACGUUGACUCGUCUCACCUGACGAUGUCGGGCAGCAACGUCACAAAGCCGUCGUAGCCAAUGCCCUUGACGCCACCAUUCCUCGUGCCCGCUUCGUCGUCAGAGGAGACCUUGUAGGUGGUCCACGCGGUCCUCUGGCACUGCAGUCUCCUUGUGUUGCCGGCUUUCCCCUUGGAGACCGACCUCGAUCCCGUCACACGCGGCCCACACACCGCGACCACGUGCUCCCGAUGACGUCUCCAACACUCUCAUGUCCUGUUUGAUUCUGAGUUUACAAUAAGUGUCACGGCACCACGGCCUUGAGGCUGUGUUUUUUUUAAUCAUCAGUCUACCUGCACAUUCUCAGGGAAUCGGGGGUGUCUGUAUGUUGGAGAGGGAAUUAUUCACAGAUCCCGUGCAUUUGGGAGCCGUUUGUCAAACGCGUUUGCAUCUACAACGCUUUUGGUAGAACAUCGAAACACAAGCGGACCACCACCAGCUGUGCUCCGCAGCUCCACCGGUGCCUUUCUGGCAACGGUUGUCCAGCGUCUCUCGCUCCUCGUGCUUUGAGCUUCACAAACUGAGUCCCUCAAGAGGCUCCCAGCACACGGAGUGAAACGUCGGACAUCAUGCCCGAAAUAAAUAAAAAAUAACACGCGGUACGACCCGAGAACACAUUGGAGAGCCAUCGCACUUAUUGAUGACCCAGCCGAGUCUGCCUUGCGUCCUCUGUAGUUAAUCACGGUUCCAUUACCCCCCUUCCCUCACCCCAUACUGAUCCAGCUGCGGUGGCUGCUCUACCGACGGCUGGCCCACGAUUUCGUUCACCUCCGUUCAUCUCGCCGUGGUAUCGAUCGCAUUUCCUGUCGUCCUGCCGCACGGGGCGCCCUGCCCCCUCCGUGGUUCGAUCCCGACCCUGGCGCCUAUUGUAUGUUUCGAGUUUUGCACGUCUCUCUCUCUCCGUGUGCUCGCGUGGAUCUUUCUCCGGUUCCUCCUGUUGUUCCCUCCACGUUUAGAAACGCGCGCUUAUAGUAUUUUAUUGCGAUACAUUUCCACAUGAUGAUAAGCCACUUCGUUGAGCUAUCAUUUGUGGCCAGGUCGCUUCUGAAAUAGAGCUGCAUAGCUCAGUGGGGCCUACCUGGUUAAAAUGAAACUAGUUUAUAGGUAUUUUAAGUUUACCCGGCACGGCUGACAUCAUCCCCUCUACUUCCCUCUUGACUACAACUACGUUUCGUGCCGUGUCCCCCACGUGGCACCCGGAUCUGUGCCACUGAUGGAGAAUAGAUGCUCCAUCGGCCUUGACCGUUCACCAGCACCGUUAUAUUAAAAGCAAGGAGUCUGUGGAUAACACGACAGGGUUCAUGGAUGGGAGGUGAAGGGUGAGAAAACGUCGCUGUACUCUCAACAUUGAAUUGUCCUUAAUAUAAAUGCCCAUUUUAAACACGAAUUUAUGGGCCUCCUGCUAUGGAAAUGUGGAAUUUCCACCACUAGCUAAGGGCCCCCAAAUGGAUGAGUGCCGUCCAAUUGUGAAUUUGCGUGGGGAGAUGCCGACUUCAAAUUGGUUUAACGACACCGGUUCAGGGAUAACGGGAAAUGUUCAUCAUGCGACCUGGAAUCAUCACGGUGACUGUCGUGAGAAGUUCACAUUUAGGGUGUCAAUGUUCCUGGUGUGAAGCGAACUUUCGGCACACUCAAGAGACCGAGUGGUACAAGAUCGUCGUCACCCCUCCGAUGUCCGCUUCUGCUUUUGCUCUCUAUCGUGUCAGGUGACGGCAGUGGCCACCACGAUACUUCGCAGACAAAUGGGCGAGUCUGAUCAAUAAAGUCGGUAUUUUAUUUGGCAGUUGUGCAACAUUGCACACUCGGCGCUGCUUUCAGUCUGUUGGUACUCAUCGGCAAACCACAGCUGGGCACAGUGCUGGAUUAUCGUAGUAGAAAAAGUAGCUACGUAUGUAGUAGCUACGCGCCCUGCACUUUCAAGGGCCCCGCGCUAAAUGCUUUCAAGCUUUCAAUUCCGGUCCAGUGAUUCUGCACUUGCUCUAUUACUAUAGUACUAUACCGCCUUCAACUUUUAUGAACGACUCGGUGUUUAAGGUUAGCGAUUUGUCGUAUUAUCUGGCUGUAUAGAAAAUGAAAAAAUACAAGUAAAAAACUUUGUGUUUUAAUAUUUGUCUUUUUAUUUUAUUUAGGGCCCCUUUAUAACAUCAUAUGAUACAGACCCCGCACUAGCUUAAUCCGGCACUGGCUGGGCACACAGGUGCCGGCGUGGGGUCGGAGUGCCGUGGUCAGCGGCGUGCGUUGUCGCGCUGCGUGGGUGACAUGCACACACGCCAGGGCGUGCUCGCGAGCUGCAGUUCACAACGAGACAUGAAGAAGCCAUCGGAGGGAAGCAAGCGGUGACCGAGCUUUGCAUUUAUUGAACAUAUUACACAGAUUUGUGAUUUACAGAAUAAGCAAUGUACAUGUUACUUAUGCACUCUAUAUAUAAUUUAUUGAUAUUUUGCCAUAUUCGUAAAAUGUGUUUAAUUCACUACCCCUAUGAUUCUAUCAUGAGGUCUGAUAUAGAAUAAUGCUCCGAAUCAGACAGAACUCCGCGCCCAGAGGCUGUCUCUGUACGUGCUGCGUGCGGGUGUGAAAUCGGCGUAGUAGACACAGUCCUUCACAUUGGGACUAGUAUCUGAUUCAGACUUAAAUUAAGGGUCAGCAUCCACACUAAAGAUCUCAUCAUCAUCUUAGUUACAAUAUACACUGUGUCGGUAGCGUAUCCAGGAAACCCCACGUGGUCUCCAGAUUCCGUCUCAGGAGGGAUGUUGAGAUAGUUUAUGGAUUUUUUUUCUUCAAGGAAGGAUGAGGUCACAUUACCCUCAGAAAUCCCAAACUAUGGACCGUGCAGUAAACCACCAUAGUCUGCGCUUCUUCAACAGAGGAGGAGGAACAGCAAGACGACACGAACUGUCUCUGCUGAAGCCCUCUCGUCGUGACCAGCAGCAGACCUUGACAUUGGCAUCGAGCUCUCGAACGGGCGCUGCCAUCGUGCACAAGAAUAUCACCUAAAGAAGCCCCGCAGCGAGGGGAGCACGCCGCUCAGGUGAUCCGAGCAAUCCUCCAGCCGUGCGGUCUUCUACGGGCACUCGCCUGCUGCCCUGCGCAUCACACGCGGCUGCUGUGUGCGUGUGCUCCACGGCUCCCUUCCUCUUAAGUUGCUGCACCACCGGCACGUUCCACGGAAGGUGCUCAUCACAGCACUUGGCUAGGGUCCAUUUUUGCAUAGAGUAGUAAUCACAAACUCUAUUUUUAUUUAACAAAGAAAAGUCGAAUUCUUACGCGACAGAAAAAGUCAAAGCAUCUCCCCUGCCAAAGUGUGCGCUGAGGCGUGGUGCUCAUUUCCAAUCGAGAGCCUUGGGAUUGGGCUGAAAUAUCCACAUUAUCAUGGCAGGGAAAGGUAUUUCCACAGGAUGAACACUUCUGCUGACCUCCCAAGAGGCGCUGGUACUUGUUGUUUUCAACCCAGAGAAAUGACUGCAGUGUCACCCUAGCCAGAUGAGCGAAACACAAUAUUCAGUCUGGCAAUGUAGUGACCUAACCGUGGGAAAAGGGCUCUUGACGUUAAGCGGGGAACCGAUGUUACAUUGCGUUUCCAGGCAUGUCCAAUAAUGUGCCGGCCCUGGGCGUAGCCGAUCUCCGCCUGUCGCGUGGCCGCGAGGAGAGGGUAUAUAUGAGGGUGCUGGUGAUGUGGCGGUUGUCUGUGAAGGAACCUGCUGAGUGUAUGCAUGCAUUGGUAUACUGCCCGCGUGUGCGUAUUGUGUGUG